GUUACAGAAAUACCAUACUAUAAAUACAAUUCAACUCUCUUUCACCUUUUCAAGUUUUCUCUUCUGUCUUGUUUUUUUUUUCUUCUUCUCAAUCUCACAACGCAACUCAUCCCUUCAACGCUUUCUCACCUCCCUUUCGUUGAUGGCGUCCCAAGCAAGCCUCCUCCUUCAGAAGCAGCUCAAAGAUCUCUGCAAGAACCCCGUUGAUGGAUUUUCCGCGGGUUUGGUCGACGAAACCAACAUUUUUGAAUGGAGCGUCACUGUAAUUGGUCCUCCGGAUACUCUCUAUGAGGGGGGAUUUUUUAAUGCCAUCAUGAGCUUUCCACCAAACUAUCCAAAUAGUCCGCCAUCAGUGAAAUUUACCUCUGAGAUAUGGCAUCCCAAUGUUUAUCCUGAUGGCCGAGUUUGCAUAUCAAUUCUUCACCCACCUGGUGACGAUCCGAAUGGCUAUGAGCUUGCAAGUGAGCGCUGGACACCUGUUCAUACAGUAGAAAGUAUAGUAUUAAGUAUCAUAUCGAUGCUUUCUAGUCCUAAUGAUGAAUCUCCUGCCAAUGUUGAAGCCGCGAAAGAGUGGAGAGACAGGAGAGAUGAAUUCAAGAAAAAAGUUAGCCGUUGCGUGCGGAAGUCACAAGAAAUGUUGUGAUUUAAAGCUGAAUUCUCAUUCUGCUUUUGUGAACUGAUGUAUGCAUUGGUUCACAUGUUACUGUGGAUCGAGUAGAGACUGCCAUGUCUUGGAAAAACAAACUGUAUUCUAAGUGCUUUGUCACUAGUUUUAUGAGAAAUUUAGUUUGUUCAUUUGCAUGACCUUAUUGUUCAAAUUAUAAUUAGGUGCCAAGUUUUGCCUUCUGCUUAAUAU